CAGCGCAGCUCCAGCUUUAGAACACACACACACACACACACCGACAGAUGUGCCGACUAAACCACUAGUAAAGACCGCCUACAGUUUCAGUCGCUGUUGAUGUCAGCCAGUUGUGCUGGUGUUUAUUAAAAGUGGACAUUAAAAGUCUAACUGAAUUUAAGAAUGACUUCUAACGCGUUACUCUGAAUGGCACCUGAAGCGGUUUUAAGUCGUCGAUAAUGAGGACAGACUCAACACUGAGCUUUUUUCCGUCCGUCAUGACUGUCGUUCAGUUUGGGACUGUAGUAGGACUUUAGUUUUUCGAAAAGAAAAUGAACCGCUGUUUGUGUUUCAUCUUAAUUAAUUCCUGUCUGCUUUUGUCAUCGGACAGGAGAGCUGUCCAGGCUCAUUCAGCUGAAGGAGAGACUUCAGUGACUAGAUCAAACAUGUCCAACUAUUCAACUUUACUGCCCAAAGCUGAACAUAUCACCCCAAGUGAGCCGUCUGUGAACACUGUGCACAUCUCAACAGAGAGCAAACACCUGAUUUCUGCAUCUACAGGUGUUCCUCCUAGUAUCCCAACAGCAGGUCCUCGGUUCCAUGCAGGUAGUUUCAUUGGCGGUAUGAUGCUUGCCUUUAUUAUCAUACUGGUCGUCACUCUGGGCUACAGGUUGGCCUGCUCACAACGGGAAGUGCGCUACAGAGUCAUUGAGGAACAUGAUGCCAUCAUUUAAAAUGGAGCCGCUGAGGAAAUACAGGCUAAAACACAAGCUAGUCAUAAUCUGAAGAGAACAUUUUCAUCAUAAUGUGGUUAAUAUGCAUAUGAGACCGUCUGGUUUGAUACAUUUUAUAUUGUAAUCUUAAAUAGCUUAUUCCCUAGCAGUUUUUACAUUUUAAGUAGUGAAUACUUGAACAAUGUAACUUAUUUUUUGUGUGUGUGUGUGCCUGUGUCUACACCAGUGUAGUCCAAUUUGUAUUACAGAACAUUUUAAUGAGUUUGUACUUGAUUAAACUAGACUAAACAUCUAUUGUGUUUAAAAUAUGCACCUGUAAAAGUCUCCUUAAACACAUAUCGGAGACAAAUUAAUUGGUUACAGU